AAACAUUGCCACUGCCAUGAUUUGAGAGAUAUUUCUUAGCAUACGUAAUACACUGGAUAGCAGUAAGUAUGACACAUGUGAGGUAAAUGAUCACCCCGACUCGUUUGUAUAAAUUAUUUUUACUGUCUCGGGAAUCAAACGUCCCUUUUUCUCACAUCAUGCAGUUUUUUUGAAGUAAAUUCUGACGACAAACAAAUGAAAAGGAUAGACCACUUUGAAAUAUCUGAUACUGAUACGAUUGACGACGACGACGAAAAGCCGUCAACUCUUACGAAGCAAGUUUUGGAGGAUGGUGACGACGUUACCAUACGCAACAGCCAAAUCCAGGAAGACUGCAUAUUAUCACACGUUGUCAUUGUCCUUGAUGUGAACGGUGAAGACAAGGGUGAUGAAGAUCGCCAUGAUGACGAAGCCAGCACUGUAGUUAUAGCUGAACCAUCUGCGUGCACGACCGAAAAGGAGACAGUGAUCAUCUUAGAAGACGACAAAGAAGAAAAUCAAAUUUACCAUGCGUCGUCCGAUACUACCCCGCAGAAGCUCGAUGACAAGCGUCGGACCUUGCAUACGGGAACUCGAUCGAAGCUUGCAGUUGCAAAACGGAUGGGUUCCGGAAUGAUUACCAAGCCCACAGUAAUCAAGCGCAGUUUGGGAUCAACAGCAGACAAACCUACAGCUACACGCAUUUGA